CCUGGCUGCCCCGUUUAAAGUGUGUCUGAACCUUGACUUGACGUCUAGUCUCUCUGUUGGGGUGCACACGGAUUGACCACUCCUUUGGGCUUUUCUUUUAUCCUUGGAUAUUUGGGGGGGAAAAGCUAAUCCGCAAACAUGACUGACGCGCAACAAGAGGCCCGCUCCUACCUGAGCGAGGAGAUGUUGGCUGAGUUCAAGGCCGCCUUUGACAUGUUCGACACCGACGGUGGCGGUGAUAUCAGCACCAAGGAGUUGGGUACCGUGAUGAGGAUGCUGGGCCAGAACCCGACAAGAGAGGAGUUGGCUGAGAUCAUCGAGGAAGUCGACGAGGACGGUAGCGGUAGCAUCGACUUCGAGGAGUUCUUGGUCAUGAUGGUGAGGCUGCUAAAGGAGGACGAGGCCGGCAAGAGCGAGGAGGAGCUGGCAGAAUGCUUCCGUGUGUUCGACAAGAAUGGUGACGGCUACAUCGACAGAGAGGAGUUCGCCCUCAUCAUCCGCAGCACCGGCGAGUCCAUCUCAGAGGAUGAGAUCGAUGAGCUGAUGAAGGAUGGAGACAAAAACAACGACGGCAUGCUGGACUUUGACGAAUUCCUCAAGAUGAUGGAGAAUGUGCAGUAAAACCGGAAAGACUCAUGGACAUUCCUCCUCCCCCCUGUGAACUCCCAUGAACACACAUGAAUCCCCCACUCAAACUACUCCUCACUCCUCCACCUGCACCUCCUCCCCUCCCCUGUCCACCUGGUUCGCUGCCUCUCUUCUUCUCCAUCCUUAUAGUCAUCCUCAACAGACAGCUAGAGCACCCGGUGGGGGUCGCUGGCUGGGAUUUGUAUUCAGACAGCCAGUCGAUGCUGCGCUGACACUGUAACAGGUGGCAGGAUGGCACGGGUGCAACGUGGAGUUCCACUGCACACAGCUUUUGCAGUAUGCAUGGCGUGACAUGUCAUCAGUGACCCCCCCUAUGCUGGUAAAGCUCUAAUCUAGAUAUAGUCUAGAUAGAUUGGCAGCCUGUUACCUGCUGCUUAGACCAAUUCAACUACUUCACUGUACAAAGAAGUUAUUUGCUUGGGAAGAAUAAAUGAACUAACUUACUCA